UAAUGUUCCCCUACUGUUAAAAUGAUGUUUCUCGUAGCGCCCUCCUCCGUGGUUAGGGUUGGAGAUAUGGUCUGAUUCAGAUUUAGGUCGGGGGAAACACAUAUAGACGGGGAAAUAGUCUUCGACACGACGGUUCACUGUCAACUGCGCCAAGUCAGAACGAACUAGCUAGGCAGAGUGAGAGGAAAAUAUGGCCUCAUGGAUUGUUCAGAUGACUGUGAUGGUGCUAUCUGUCUUCAUCAGCAGCAGCCAGGGAAAGAGAGACAAGAUGCUCUACUGCUCUGCAUGCAGGGCAAUUGUGGAUGAACUGAACUACUCCAUCAGUCAGGUGGACCCUAAGAAAACCAUCAACGUCGGCGGCUUUAGACUCAACCCCGAUGGAACCAUGAAAGACAAAAAGGUACCUCUCGCUCGCUCCGAGACUCACCUCAGCGAGCUCCUGGAGGGGGUGUGCAACAGCAUGAGCGACUACGCCCUCCAUGUGGACCCCGACACCCAGCACAAACAGUACAUGAGGUUUGCUCCCAGGAGUAGCGGGGCCACCGGGGACUUCCCCGACUUUAAAAAUUUCCAGUUCGACGGACCUGAGGCAUCCGACUCCAUGAAAUUCGCAUGUGAAGCCGUGGUCGAGGAGCUGGAGGAUGAUAUCAUCUCUCUGUUCAGCCAGGACGUAGAGCACGUGCACGAGGAGUUAUGCAACAGAGUCUCAGACUACUGUGAAGGCAGCAGUCACACAAACGAGGAGCUAUAGUGUUUUAGAUUUUCGGUGGACCAAGGCGGGAGCAGCUCUGUUGCAGAGAUUACA